GAGCGUGCCACGUGGGCCGGAAAUGCGCUGGGCGCCGGCGUCAAGGCGAGGCUGUGAGAGACGCGGCAUGUUGCCCUGGCCUCCGGGGCGGUGGGGCACAGGAGAGGAGCAGAUGCCUGAGGAACCGAGCUCCUCGGCGGGCAGUGACCCAGAGGAGACCUGGAAUUCUGGAGAGGAAGCCGUGGGCGAGCCAAGAACACCCCCACAGAACAGCCCUGCACCCAGGGCUGGAAACCCUUACCAGACCCAGAGAGAGCUGUUGCCCCCGUACCAACGCCAGGGCCUGGCUGCCCAGCAGCCCCGGGGAACCCCAGUUCCCCUCUCCUCCCAAAUGGCCUGGGAGGUGGCCCCGCCAAGAAUGCCCCUGCUGCCACCCUGGGACCCCAACUACGAGGCUAAAGCAGGAUCUCAGCCAAUGUGGGGACCCAGCUGUUCUUCUGGCGCCUCUUUCUCAGGCCGGACUCUGUGUCAUCCCUCAUUCUGGCCUCUCUAUGAGGCAGCCUCAGGAAGGGGGCUCAGGCCCUGGGUCUCCCCAGUACAUCAGAAUAGAGAGCAGAUGCUCAGGGAUGCAGGUACUUCCCUCCGUCCCCUUGGGCGCAGGAGUGAGGCACCUCCAGCCCACUAUGCUAGCAGCUUCUCCUCCCCAGGGUUCCCAGUGAUGUGUUGUGAAGAUGUCUUUCUUUCAGACCCUCUGCUGCCACAGGGCCAGCAGCGUGUUCCCCUGUACCUGUCUGAGGCCCCUCAGCAGGUGAGCACUCGUCCUGCCUUGCCUCAGCCCUGCUUGGGAGCUGGGCUUGGGAGGAGCCACUUCCGCCCCGUCUCUCCUCAGGUGAUGGGUUCUCUGAAGCUGCUGCUCCCACCCCCAGUCAUGUCCCCAUGGGUCCUCCCUACACCCACCCCUGGCUGCUCCACUGCCUGGCUCAGUGGGCCUGAGCUGAUUGCCCUCACUGGCCUUCUGCAGAUGAGCCAGGGGGAGCCAAGACCAAGUUCCUCACCUGCCUCAGGGGUUCCCACACCCCCUGCUACCUCCCCAGACCCUGUUUCUGAGUCCCUGGGCUCCAGUGGUGACUGUUCUCACUUCACUGACCCAGCUCUCCCCUAACCCCCAGGCACCCAUGUCCAUGGCUCUGCUGGGGGUAGAAUGGGCCCUGUGUUCCUCCAGGAAUGUUCUGUUGGCAUUAA